AUGUUGUUCGUGUCGGUGAUAACCGUGUCUUUGGGUGUCCUACUCGCAGCGAAAGAUGCAUCAAGUUUAAGUGUGGGGAGUCAGGUGAUGACUAAAUUCAGAAACCUAGACUUCUACUUUAAAUGUUGUGAAGGACAUGUUGUUAGACGUGUUGGCGGUGAUCACGCAAAAUGCUGUGGGAUACAUACUUACGACUCUCGUUUCUUCUUCUGCUACCGAAGACUUAUCUACCCACUCUGCGGCAAAUUGACCUACAAUCCAAUUACCCACAAAUGUUGUCAUGGAGUAGUAAACCCUCGAAUAGGCGGUCAAUACAGCACUUGUUGUUACACCAAGAGUUACGACGGCCGAGGAAACUUUUGUUACGAUAGGAAAGUGUACCCAAAGUGCCACGAUAGUGCUUACAACCCUCGGUCGUUUAUCUGUUGCGAUAACAAAAUCAGACCUCUCGUUGGUGGUCAAAGUACCAAAUGCUGUAAAGAUAAAAGUUACGACAGCGGAAGUUAUUUUUGCUUCAACCACUACAUUUAUCCAAAAUGCUUCAAGAAAAUAUACAAUCCUCUGACCUAUAUAUGCUGUCAGAACAACUUCUACAGUCGUCCCGGUGGUAAAUAUGCCAGAUGCUGUGAGAAGAAGGCCUAUGACUCUUCCACCAAUUUCUGUCACAGAGGAGCCAUUGUUCCUAAAUGCGGUAACAGAGUAUACGACCCUGAUCACUUCCUAUGCUGCAAUAGUAACCUAUGUCCUCAGUACGGAGUAAAACAAGGCAAAUGCUGCGGUGUAAAAAGCUAUGACUCACGCUACUUCUUCUGCUAUGGAAACAAGAUCCAAAAAAAGUGUGGCGGAAAUGCCUACAAUAUCCAGACGUCAUUCUGUUGUGGGAACCUCGUGGCACCUCGGGGUGGUUAUGGUCACUAUGCCAGCUGCUGUUACAAACGUCCAUAUAACUCACGCACCGACUUCUGUUUCAGCCAAAAGGUGUACGCAAAGUGUGACUUAUCACCUUAUAAUCCCACAAGGAGCCUUUGCUGCAACAAGCGGGUGGUUCCUAAGAUUGGUGGCAGCUUUACCGCCUGCUGCCUCACCAAAAGUUAUGAUACACGACAAUACUUCUGCCAUGGAGGUAGGAUUAUCUCCUUGUGUGGAAAGAAGCCUUAUAAUCCAGUUAGCCAAAUUUGUUGCAAUUCUGUGAUUGCUGCACGAACGGGUGGACUGCAAGCCAGGUGUUGUGGUAAAAGUAGCUACAACCAGCUGUCAGCUUUUUGCGUCGGCGAAGUUGUUCACAAUAAGUGUGGAAGAAGUCCUUACAACCCUACCCGUCAGCACUGCUGCAGUGGGAAGGUUGUUCCUCGAGUUGGCGGCAAGAACGCUAAGUGCUGUGGUGCACACAGCUACGAUCCCGUUUUAUACUUCUGCAGUAGUGGUCAUGUCUUCCUGAAGUGUAAAGCCACCAGCUAUAACCCCUCCACACACAUGUGCUGCGAGAAUUACGUGGUAUCCCGACUUGGUGGUGCUGCUGCACGGUGCUGUUCGCGGUACAGUUACAGUUCUCUGACCCACUUCUGCCACUCCGACAAGGUGUACGCUCUGUGUGGUAAGACUGAGUACAAUCCUUACAGCUUCAUUUGCUGCAAUGGACAAGUGACAUCGCGUGUAGGAGGCUCAAGGGCGAAGUGUUGUGCUCAUCUCAGCUAUGACGACAGCCGUUAUUUUUGUCUUCAAUCCAAAGUCUAUCCACUCUGUGAGAAGAAAAGCUACAACCCUGCUGUGACACUAUGUUGCCUUGGAAGUCAGCAGCCACGUAUUGGAGGACUGGCUGCUAAAUGCUGCGCUAAUGCCUCGUACGACUCUCGCAUAAACUUCUGUUACGACAAAGUCAUCUACGGUCGAUGCCAGCAGCAGCAGUACAACCCAGGGACAUAUCAGUGCUGCAAUAAAUACCUUGUCCAGCGCGCCGGUUCAACUUCACGUUGCUGUGGUCAAAAAAGCUACCACCCCGACAAGUUCUUCUGUAGUAAUUACAAAUUGUAUGCAUUGUGCGCCAACAGCCCAUAUGAUCCCCUCGGAGACCUUUGCUGUUCCGGUACUUCCAUUCCCCUCGGUAAAAUUCCCCUACGGUAUGCCAGUUGUUGUGGAAAAUCGGUCUACAAUACACAUUACGACUUCUGUUAUCGUGACGUAGUUUACCCCAAAUGCGGUGGCCAAGCCUAUAGUCCUACCACACAGUCCUGCUGUAACAAUAAAGUCCUUCAUUUGGUCGGCGGUCAAUACUCUAAGUGCUGCGGCUACGAGAACUACGACUCAAGGGACUACUUUUGCCAUAGUAACAAAACAGUCUUACACAAGUGUGGUGGUAAAAUAUACAACCCUUUAAGUGAACAAUGUUGUGGUGGGAAAAUUGGCCCUAGUUACGGUCUACGAGACUCCGACUGCUGCGGGACUCAAGCUUUCAAUUCCCGGAUGUCAUUUUGUUAUGGCGGCACAAUUUAUCAGCGCUGUAGUUACAAAACCUACGACCCUGCUGCCUUCUUAUGUUGCAACGGCGAAGUAGUAUUAAAGGAUGGAGGAAACAAAACCAAAUGCUGCGGGAAAAAGAGCUAUAACAGUGAGUUAUUCUUCUGCCAUAACGAGAAGAUCAUCUACCUAUGUGGAGGCAGCCCAUAUGAUCCUGUCAAGUCCACUUGCUGCAUUGGUACACUAACCAGCUAUGGACAGAUCCCUUCUACUUACGCAAAAUGCUGUGUCAACAGCCUGUACGACCACAGGACAUAUUUCUGUUACGGAGGAAAGAAGUACCAGAAAUGUGGCCAAGCCUCAUACGGUCCAGAUACCUCGCAGUGCUGCAAUGGAACAGUUGUUUUGAAAAAGGGAGGACUCCUCUCGAGAUGCUGUGGGAAAGAGAGUUAUAAUUCUUACUCACAUUUCUGCUUCCAGGGGAAGAUAAUACAAAAGUGUGGAAACAGCACUUAUGCACCUGAAUCUCACCUUUGCUGUGCUGGGAAUGUUCAACACCGCACUGGUGGAAACUACGCCCGAUGUUGUGCGUCCAACAGUUAUGAUAGCUCUAAGUCUUUCUGUUCCGGUGGGAAGAUCUACCCACGCUGCGGAGGCCAUGAAUACAACCCUAUCUCCUUCAUCUGCUGUGGAAACAUGCCCGUCACCCGCGAUGGUGGGCUUACAGCGCAAUGCUGUGGAGUGAAGAGUUUCGACUCCCGCUUUUACUUCUGCGAGAACAGCAAGAUCUACACGUUGUGCGAGAAGAAGAGGUAUGACACUUCGAAGUUUACAUGCUGUGAUAACCAUUUGAAUUCCCUUUUUACCCGCGGAAACAGCACAGAGUGCUGUGGAAAGAAAGCAUAUACCAAUACCCGCUCCUUCUGCACUAAAGGCCAAAUUGUUCCUUUUUGUAACAACGUUCGGUACGACUUAGACACCCAGAAGUGUUGUGCUGACACCGUGACACCAAAACUGGGAGGACAGCUUUCGAAAUGCUGCGGCAGAGAAAGCUACGACUCCAGUCAUUAUUUCUGUUACAACGACACCAUUACGUCACUGUGUGGUGGCAAAAAGCCCUACGAUCUUGUCCGCUCUUUGUGCUGUAACGGAACAGUUCAACAGCGAGUUAGUGGAAAAGACACAGCGUGUUGCGCCCAAUCCCCUUACAACUCCAAGACUCACUUUUGCAAUAAAAACCGUGUGUAUUCACUCUGUGGCGGCGUCCCUUAUGACCCUUACACUGGCAUCUGUUGUGGAUCAAAGCUAAACCCGCGGCCAAACGGAGCAUCCCUCGAGUGCUGCCUGGAAAGUGCAUAUGACCCAUCCAUUUUUGUCUGUCUCUGGGGAACGAAAAUAGCUCCGAAGUAUGACAAGAAGGCCUACUGAAAUUAUUGUUAUUCUCCACGAGAACUUUAGAAAGGGACACUCUCAUAUGAUAUUGAGUUUGUUUAUCUUUUAUUAUUUUUUUUCUGAUUAUAUGGUUGUGGCUUAUUUUAAAAAGAGAUUUUAAACAUUUAAAAGGCUUCGCAAAAGUUGGG